AUGUGCCAGACCUACCGCGCACACAGGACACCCCGGCAUCAAAGAGGCGCCUGUGGGAAGGGGCAGCACCCGGCACGCGGGGUCCGACAAACCCCUUUCCAGAAUCAGGGACCGGGCGGGCGGCCCCCCGCGCCCGCCCGCUCGGCACCCGGCUCCGACCGCCACCCCCGGCGGCCUCCCCGACGCCCCCACCCCGGCUCCCCUCCGCCAUUUCGCCCGCAGCAGCCUCCCCCACAGCCCUCUCCUGGCACAGGCACCGUCGACGGCGGGGCGCGGGAGUCCAGAAAGCCCGCCGGGGAGCGGCCGCGCCGUUCGCCUCCCCAGGAUCCGAGGGAAGCCCUGCGGCCAAGACCUCGCGCCCCGGGCCCGGUCCGCGCCGGUCGCCGCCUCCUCAGCGCCAGGGGUCCCCCGGCGCUGCGCACCUCUCAGGGACCCGCUCCGACCCGGUUGCCUCCCCCUCGUCAGGCUGCCAGGGUCCGCGGGGCAGGGUGUGAGACGGUCGUCGCCCCCGAGACACCCCCACUUGCCUUCGCAGGUGCAGGGUCCCGAUGGUCGGCCUCCCCCUCCUGUCGCAGCUCCUCACUCGGAUUCCCACCGCUCGCCGUGCGGGCAGAACGGCAAAGAGGCGUCCCGCCCCCCCGCGCGGCUGCGCCAAACCGGGCAGGGGCCGCGAAGGCUGCGGCACCAACAGCUCGCGGCGAGGGUGUCGGGAAGGGGGCGGAGGGAUACGGCACGAAUGGGCUCGACGCCCCCUCCCAGGCCCACCGUAGUUCCGACCCAGAAAGGGGCGGGGCCGGGAGGAGUCCCGGCCUCAGGGGCGGGGCCACGCCGGCCCUCCACCGCCCCCCGUCGGGCGACCACCCUCCCCGCCCCGUACACUUCUGGCACCGCAGCGUGUGGGGCCGUCCUGGCCCUGACUUGGAAGAAUGUCUUGCAAAUGGAGAUGGAAAGGUAGAAUUGUAUGGGAAAGUACAGGGCCUUGAAACCUUCCAUUGGGGACCUGGUAGUAUUUUAUAG